GACACAUUCCUCGUAGGUGUAAAAACCUGUAAAGAUAAGAUUUUACUUUAUUAAGAAUUGAGAAAUUCCUUUUUCACUCUUUUUACUUUUAUACACACACAGGCUGAAAUGCACGCUCAUGCACAUGCAGGGCUUUUGGACAUGCAAACAGAGAGAUGGUGGAGUGAUGUUAGCACGUUAGCAGCCCCCUACAAGCAGUUUUUUGGGGUUAGGUGCUCAGGGGCACCUUGGCAGUGGACAGGAGGUGAAACUGGCACCUCUCCAGCUACCAGUCCACACUCCAUAAUGUGGUCCCUACACACUGAGCUGCUGCCGCCCCUAUGAUCAGUAAAUAUGUGUUUAUCAGCUCAAUUUGUUUCCAUAUUUGCCAAAGUGACCACUCCAGAGUCGAAUAUGGUCAGGGCAGGGUUUGGAUUGUGAAAAAGGAAGGAAGGCCCAAAGCUGUAUUUUCAUUAAAGUGGCAUCAUGGGUGGAUUUAUCUCUAAGUAAGGUGUGUUAAACAGAUGCUCAAGCUGUAGUCCAAAAGUGCAAAUGAGCCUCUUUGUCUAAAAAAAGAAAGGAAAUCCUCAUGGAAGAGCUUUGCCAAGAACAGCAGAGAGAGAGAACAAUACCUUUAAUCAGCAGCAGCAAUGACCAUGAGAUUGAUUUUAUUCCACAAUUACUUCUUCUUACAGAUACAGUAUCAACUAUAUGAUAAUAUAAAGCAGAAUGUCUGAAACAUGCGUGAAGAAAAUAUCCAGAUACUCCUGUUACACUACUAUUUCACCCCAUCCCCUUGACUCUAACAGUAGAGGAAAGCUUGGGGUCUCCAGGAAAACAAACACAAACAAGAGAGCGAAGUGAGUGUGUGUGUAUGAACUAUACGUGAGUGUGAGUGUGAGAGAGCAUCCAGUUACAAUCUGUAUCUUACACACAGGAAACCUGAGGACUGUUGGGGGCAUCUUUUUACCAGCAGCGGGCUCUGUGGGGUUUAAGCCAGUACCUGGUGAAACUCCAUCUCUGCAGGUUUAAUAUUUAAAGACUGUUGAGAGUUUGGUUCCCCUUAGAGAUCGGGACCGACGCGUCCUCCUGGUCAGUACAGCAGCACGAAACGGGACUGAAUCACACCGGAGGGAUCUGAUCUGCUCCCAGACCAGAUUUUGAUCCAGUUGCAAAUUCUCUCCUAAAAAGACCAAAUAUAAGAACAUCACAAACAGUAAAUACACAAUGUAUGUAAACUCUUCUGGAGCUGACAAUGGAUCUUAUUCACUGACUUUCCUGGGAAAGAAAGUAGGGAGACAUCACUCUGUGGCCCCUGCAGGCAAGCAACUCGCCUGGGAGACGACUAACAGGUCUACCUGCCCUGAGGACCCCGUCGUGUCCCUGCGGCCUGGACGGGUCCCGGUGGCAGUGCAGGUGCUGGAGGAUUUACCGGGCUGUGUACCAGAGCUGAAGGACGAGAGGCCGUGUCCAAUAAUUCACAACACACAGUUUGACCAGUAUGAGGACAGCAGUAAAAUCAGAGUGUUUUGUCGGAUUCGGCCGGCGAACCGAGCCGAGGUUGCGCAGGGUGGAGCCAUCGUUGUGGAGAAGACAGAUGAGUACUCUGUCACUGUGGAGACCCCUCGUGGGCAGCGGGAGUUUCAGUUUGACAAGGUGUUCAGUGCUGAAGCCUCCCAGGAUGACCUGUUCCUCGACACCAACAGGCUGAUCCAGUCGGCUAUCGAUGGCUACAACGUCUGUAUCUUUUCAUAUGGCCAAACGGGCUCAGGGAAGACCUUCACCAUGGUGGGGGACAAGGACCAGAAGAACCCUGGAAUCAUGCCGAGAUCCUUUAAUGCCAUAUUCAAUAUCAUACGGGAGAACAGCGCAAAAUUCGACUUCAAGGUUUCGGCCUAUAUGCUGGAGCUGUAUAACGACAGGCUGCAGGACCUCUUUGUGAGCCUGCCUGGUGAGGCCCACGCACAGCCUCAGUCCCAUGGCCAGGCCAGGCGGGUGGAGAUCAAGAGGAACAGAAAGGGGGUUGUGUUCGCGCAAGGAGCAGAGACAAAGGAGGCUUCCAGUGCCCAGGAACUCUACGCUCUGUUCCAGCAGGCCUGCGCCAACCGACACAUCUCUGCCACCAAGAUGAAUGUGGAGAGUUCCCGCUCCCAUCUCAUUGUUGGCAUCAUGGUGGAGAGCAGGAAUCUGACCAAUGGGAGUGUGAGCACCGGGAAGCUGAGCCUCGUGGACCUGGCAGGCAGUGAGAGAGCAGCCAAGACUGGUGCUAAGGACCACCAGCUAAAGGAGGCCAACUCCAUUAACAAGUCUCUGAGUGCUCUGGGUGAUGUGAUCUCAGCCUUGUCUUCUGAACUGCCCCAUGUACCAUACAGGAAUAGCAAGCUGACGCAGGUGAUGCAGGACUCGCUGGGUGGAAAUGCCAAAACCCUCAUGAUCGUCAACAUCUCUCCUUCGGAGUGCAACCUCGAUGAGACGCUCACAUCUCUUGUUUACGCGACGAGAGUGAAAGCCAUAACCAACAAUGUUCAGAGACACGUGGACAGCAAAGAGAUCGCUCAGCUAAAAGAGGUGAUCAUGAAGCUGAGGUCAGGACAAACAGUGGAUGAGGAAGACAUUUGAACUGUUGUAAACUGUGUACUAUAGUGGAGUAAACUGGGA